AUGCGAGGAAGGUCCGACAAAGCAUAUGGCUAUGAUGAGGAAUACGGGCAGUCGCAUGCGACUCACUGCCCUGGUCCACCUUCCUGUCCCUUGUCCAUCCCCUCUCGGAGACAGUACCUGCGACGUCAAGGCCGUCGAGAACUGCUUCUCUCCGUCGCAAUGAGGCUCGCCAACAUCCUCAGCAUCGCCGCUCUGGCGGUCCAGGCCAGCCACGCCCUACUCGGACGACCUAAGCAGCUCUUCCAACCCGCCCACAGAGACCUACUUCAGGAUGUCGUCACCUUCGACAACUACUCUCUGUUCAUCAACGGCGAGCGCCAGUUGAUCUACUCUGGAGAGUUUCACCCCUUCCGACUGCCUGUGCCUUCCCUCUGGCCCGACGUCAUGGCCAAGAUCAAGGCCUUGGGCCUCAACACCAUCUCCAUCUACCUGCACUGGGGCGCUCUCGAGGGCAAAGCUGGCGACUUCAACGCUCAAGGUCCUCUCGUCAUCGAGCCUUUCCUGAAGGCUGCUCAGGCUGCUGGCUUGUACAUCAUCGCCAGACCUGGUCCCUACGUGAAUGCAGAGGCCACAGGUGGGGGCUUUCCCGGAUGGCUCCAGCGCAUCGAGGGAAAGUUGAGGACUAACGCAACCGACUACUUAUCUGCCACCGACAACUACAUGGCAGAAGUCGGAGCUCUCCUCGCCAAGUACCAGAUCACCAACGGCGGCCCAGUCAUAUUAGUCCAGGUCGAGAACGAGUACACCCAGGCCCAGUCCGGCUCCGGGGUUGUCUUCCCAAACGGCGAAUACAUGCAGUACAUCGAGGACCAGCUUCACAACGCCGGUGUUGUGGUCCCAUUGAUCAGCAACGACGCUAGACCCGCCGGGCACAAUGCUCCCGGCACUGGUGUCGGGGAGGUCGACAUCUACGGCCAUGAUUCCUACCCUCUUGGCUUCGACUGCGCCAAUCCUUCCUCAUGGCCGGCCAACGCGAUCCCGACAACUUUCCGCCAGUUACAUCUGCAGCAAAGCCCGAGUACUCCGUAUACAAUCCCAGAGUUCCAAGGAGGGAGUUUCGACCCUCCAGGAGGUGUUGGCUUCGAGAAAUGCUCUGCGCUCGUGAACAUGGAGUUCGAGCGUGUCUUCUACAAGAACAACUAUGCAGCUGGCGUCACCAUCUACAGUCUAUAUAUGAUCUUUGGUGGAACCAACUGGGGUAACAUAGGCCACCCUGGUGGAUAUACAAGUUACGACUACGGCUCUGUUAUCCGCGAGGACCGUGCCGUCGACAGAGAGAAAUACUCUGAAUUGAAACUUCAGGCAAACUUCCUCAAGGUCUCUCCCGGCUAUCUCGUAACCUCUGCCGCAAACUCGUCGUCAAGCGGCGUCUACAACACGAAUGCGGACGUGAUCACCACUCCACUGCUGGGGUCCAAUGGAUCAUUCUUCGUCGUUCGGCAUAAAGACUACACUUCCCAGGCCUCGUCCAACUACACCUUGACAUUGCCUACUUCGGCGGGAACUCUUUCCAUCCCCCAACUUGGUGGAUCUCUAAGCCUGAAUGGCCGUGACUCCAAGGUCCACGUCACUGACUACCCCGUCGGGGACUCGAAGCUACUCUACUCCACGGCCGAGAUCUUGACUUGGCAAGUAUUCGACAAUAAGACAGUGCUCAUCGUCUAUGGCGGCCCCAAUGAGCUCCACGAGCUGGCAAUUCUAGGCGCAACUGGCGCAACUGUGGUUGAGGGAGAUGGUGUGACGAUUCAACAGACGAACAGUUCUGUCGUCGCCCAAUGGCAGACCUCUGCUGACAGGAGGAUUGUGCAAAUUGGAGAUCUCUUUGUCUAUAUUCUUGAUCGCAACACGGCUUACAACUACUGGGUUGCGGACGUGACAGAUGGGUCUGUGGUUGUUAACGGACCGUACUUGGUGCGGUCAGCGUCGAUCGAAGACGACAAGUUGAUCUUGGCGGCAGAUUUCAACAAGACAACAAGCAUCGAGAUUAUCGGUGUGCCUUCGACUGUCACCUCAUUGCAGGUCAACCAAGCCACUUUGGAGCAUAGUACCGACUCCUUGGGCUCAUGGACUGCUAGCCAAGACUACUCGCCCCCUGACUUCAGCAUCCCCGACCUUUCUAGUGCCACAUGGUACUACAUUGACUCUCUUCCUGAGGUUCAGGCCAGCUACGACGACUCAGCGUGGCCCAAUGCGGACCACACCAACACCACUAAUCCAGUAGGCUCUCCUCUGCUCACGCCUGUCUCUCUCUAUGGCUCAGACUAUGGCUUCAAUACGGGAUCUUUGCUAUUCAGAGGUCACUUUACUGCCUCUGGAAAUGAAUCCAAGAUCGAGCUUAGCACACAAGGCGGAGAAGCCUUUGGUGCGUCGGCCUGGCUUAACGGCACUUUCAUUGGCUCCUGGGCAGGAAAUUCCGUCGAGGAAAACUAUAACUCCACCUUUACCCUGCCUAACCUGGCAGCAGGAAGUACAUACGUGUUCACCAUCUUGAUCGACAAUAUGGGACUGGACGAGAACUACAAUGUUGGAGGUGAUGUACAGAAGAAUCCUCGCGGAAUCCUCGACUACACUUUUGCCUCAGAUAUUACAUGGAAGGUUACAGGCAAUCUCGGUGGCGAGGACUACGCCGACCGCAUUCGUGGCCCCCUCAACGAGGGUGGUCUUUAUAUCGAGCGUCAGGGUUACCACCAGGCCUCGCCGCCUCUGAGUGAGUUCACAACAGGCACAUCGCCGUACGAAGGAAUCACUUCUGCAGGUGUGGCUUACUACACGACAAACUUUACCCUCUCACUUCCAUCCGAUCAAUGGGACGUCCCCUUGUCCCUAGUGUUCGCCAACGACACCUCCGCGGCUGCGGCCUCACCGUACAGGGCGCUGAUCUACGUCAAUGGGUACCAGCUUGGUCGGUACACGAGCAACGUCGGCCCCCAAACUGAAUUCCCUGUGCCUGAAGGCGUUCUAAACUAUAGCGGAGAGAACUGGCUUGGUUUAGCGCUGUGGGCAUUGGGUAGUGAUGGCGCGAAGGUGCCCGGGCUCAACUGGACACACAGCUCGACGCCUGCGCUGACGGGCUGGGCCACUCCGUCGCUUGUGGAGCAGCCUUCUUGGGAGGCAAGGCCGGGGGCAUACUAA